AGAUUGCACGAGUUGUUUCUUCGGCUCCUUCGUUGCUGUUCGACUGUGUGUAGAGAUUGCACGAGUCGUUUCUUCGGCUCCUUCGUUGCUGUUCGAUUGUGUGCAGAGAUUGCACAAGUCGUUUCUUCGGACGUGACAACAUUUUGAUCUGAAGCAACGACGGUAGCUCGCUUGCUGUGAAGCCAAACAGCCCCUAAAGUCAAUUCCAAUCUGCGGAAAUAAAGAAGCGAUCAAUUUGGAGGCUGCGGGGAUGAAAUGAUGAUUACGUGCUUCACCUUGUCGGCCAUUUCAGUGAUCACCCUGUGGCUGUUUUCUUUAUGGAGGGUUUUUUCUUCUUCUUUGGUACAGGCCAAUCCCUCGUUCCCUUCCAAGUCGACCAGAACUGGUAACGGCAGGGGGAGAAGUAAUGUCCUGCUGGUGGUGGCUCAUCCUGACGACGAGUCCAUGUUCUUUGCUCCAACCAUUCUCUAUUUGACUUCAAAUGGACAUAAUCUUUAUAUUUUGUGUAUAUCUAAUGGUAAUUCAGAAGGCAAAGGAAAUAUACGCAAGGAAGAACUUUACCGGGCAUGUGCAACACUUAAGGUUCCACUUCAACAAAUUAAAGUAGUUGACCAUCUGGAUUUGCAGGAUGGAUUUGGCAAGCCAUGGAAUCAUCAAUUAUUAGCAGCUUUCGUUGAAGAAGAAAUAAAAAAGCAGUGUAUCGAUGUUGUAAUUACAUUUGAUAACUACGGAGUGUCAGGCCAUCCAAAUCACCGUGAUGUUCACACUGGAAUUUGUAUGCUUCUUCGUGAAAAUCUGGAGAUGAACAUUGAAGCCUGGGAACUGGUAAGAUUAGCACGAAUAUUUUUCGCAAAUAUAUCGGCCCUGUGGAUAUAUGGAGUUCAAUAUCAUCCGCUUUGUCCGAUCACAGUGGGAGCAUCUGUUGUUUGCCAAACCAAAAUCCCCUGAAAUGUUAUCAAGCAAUGGCUGAGCAUUAUAGCCAGUGGGUGUGGUUUCGGAAGUUGUUUGUUCUGCUUUCCAGAUACACGUACGUGAACACUGUCAGAAGGAUCGUUUACUAAACGGCAUUAUUGGAAAUAAUGAUGGUCUUAAGUGUGAGAUUAACUGCCCUCUUCUCCCCUCAAAACUUGUUUGUUUGCUGCUUGCUUACCCUGCUUCAAUUUAAAUUUUGUUUACUGUUUAAAACAUUUUUUAAUUUUAUAUUUAAAAUAUUGAUUUAAAAAACAGUAAGAAAGCCGUCCCAAACGAACCCUUAAGUAAGAUGGAUUCAGGUGUGUUUGCUUGAUUGUCGCAUAUACCAAUCAGGAAAAACAAAGAUUUAUUAUGCUGUUUUUUACAUCAUUUUUCUUUUGUAUAACAAAUGAAGUAGUUUAUAAUCGUUGAGUUAGUGGAAUUGAGUUUAAUUUUGUAAUUGAUAAAAUUAAUCAAGGUCAAGCAUUAAGUUGGGAUGAUUCCUGCAUAAACCUGUUAUUAUGAACAAUUAUUUUUUUUGUA